UCCUCUUUUAGUUUGACCGUACGGUAGUGCUUUUAAGAUGUCUGGACGCGGGAAAGGAGGCAAAGGGCUUGGCAAAGGAGGCGCCAAGCGCCACCGGAAGGUUUUGCGAGAUAACAUCCAAGGCAUUACCAAGCCAGCUAUUCGCCGCCUGGCCCGUCGUGGGGGCGUCAAGCGCAUCUCUGGGCUGAUAUACGAAGAGACCCGAGGAGUUCUCAAAGUUUUUCUGGAGAACGUGAUUCGCGAUGCGGUGACUUACACGGAGCAUGCUAAACGCAAGACAGUGACAGCCAUGGACGUGGUCUACGCUCUGAAACGCCAGGGCCGCACUCUGUACGGCUUUGGCGGUUGAGCUGUCUCCACAGCGCCCCCUCCACUCAAAGGCCCUUUUCAGGGCCCCAAAACGUCAAGAAAAGAGCUGUAAACACCACCAUGCAAGCAUCAGGUUGGGUACGGCAGAGCGGUGUCUUAGAUAUGCGACGUUUGCAACGGAGGCAAUUGCUCUGGGUUAGGUGUGACAUAAGUUGGCCAGAAGCAUUAGGUCUAUGGGCUGGGGUCCCCUCUGCCUUGGACAGCCUGCGAAGUGACUCCUGGGGGGGCCACAGUCAACUUGAGCGUAGAUGUCUACGUUAGCAGAGCUGUGUUUUAAGAGCAGUUCAGCUCUUGGCGCCGCAAUCCUCCCUCCCAGAGUAUAUAUAGUGGUUGCUAUGUAAAUAAGGGUGAGCCGACUUGCCCCUUCCCAUUGGAUAGAAGCGUCUGGCGUCAGGGGCGGGUCCUCGCGUUGUAACCAACCGGGUAGGAGCAGAGGCGGGCGGUCGCGGUGUGUUAAGUUUUCGGCAGACACAACAUCUUUGUUUGUAUGUGGAGCUGAGGAUGGAACCCGGGCCAUACUCAUGCCAGGAGGCUUCUUGCUUACCAGUUCCUGUGUGCCAAGGCCUGAUCCACCAGCUACAUACAGCCCUAGUCCAGAGCAAACCUCCGAUGUUUUCAUCAUUGAUUGGGCUGCAGCCAUACCAUCUGAUAGACCUGACUUCAUCAUAAGGAAGGAGAACCUUUUACAAGGAUGUUCUUUCUUUGAGUACUCAUUCUCAGUCCUAGGGUACUGUCUUUCAGUGUAAUAGAAUUCUCUGUUAUCCUCUCUUAUUUAAUUCCAUUAUCACUCAAAUUAAUAAUAUGCUUGUGUCUUCUGACUAAUAUGAGAGUUAAUGUCAUUUCUACUAUUUUCUAUUUGAAGGUUUUUAAAAGAGCUAUACAAGUUUUUGAUCACCCAUUAUAUGUUUUACAUAAAAACAAAUGACUAUUUUUCUUUGUCUAGUUCUUGUACAGAGGAGUCCAAAUUUAUGACAUCAGUCAUGAUUAUAUUGUAUGUUUUACUAAUACACUGAGAUAUUUACAGUAAUAAUCUACAAUCUUAAGAAUAUGCAUAUUACUUCCAAAUAUGUUGACUAAUUUUUCAAGAGAAUACUGGUGAAUACUUGUACAAUGUGAUUUGCUAUAGAAUUUUUAUAAGCUAAUAAAAUGCUUUAAUAACAAAUCAACCUAAA